UACUUCAAAGGUCAAGUCGAGUAGCGUCAACAAUUAACAUACAAUGAAACCAAUAGCUCUAGAGCUAAAGGAAAUGUUUCCAAGUAGUCUCUAAACUUAAAAGAUCUCUAAGUAGUUUACUUUGUUGAAAAUGUAUAUCUACAUAGUUUUAGUAUUUAUUUUUCUGAAUGUCGUUUGUGAUAUUAAUUAUCUGAUCAGAACACUCAUAUCUGUCUUGACUGGCCGGUUGUAUCAACGAAAAUAUUCUCUAGAUGAAACUACCACGAUCUAUGGCAUUUGUACAUUUCAAGAUUGCGACAUAAGCUUCAAACAUAUAAGGAUAGCUAGACUACUUCGGGAUCUUGAUUUCGCGCGGUAUCACUUCUACGAGAGGACCGGUAUUUACCGCAGAAGCAGAGAGCUGGGGAUUAAGUCUUUGCAAGGCUGCACCCUUACUAUUACCGACGAUCCUGUGCCUUUAUUUGGUCUCUACAAAAUUGAUACGAAGCUGGUUUAUUGGGAUGACCGUUCUUUGUUCCUGGAACAUGAAGUGAUAACACUUCGAGAUGGUAAAAUUCGUUCCAAGUUAUUAUCUCGCCAGCACGCCAUAGGCAAGAACGGGGAAUCCACGGAAGCACUCCUUGCAAACCUGCCUGGAUCACAAGUCCAGCCUAUCUGCCCAGAAUACAUCAAGCAUUGGUUACAAAGCAUGCAAAUCACUAGCAAGAAAUUGAAAAAGGAUGUUCUCACGAACAAAUAAAGAUUUUAUUAAUU